GCAGCCGGGCCGGCCCGCCCUGCCCUGCCGCCGGGCCGAGCCCUCCUGCCGCCGCCUCAGCUCAGCCUCACGGAGCGAGCUUUGGACCAUUAACAAGACCCCUGGGACCUACUCCCAAGCACGUGGCUCUCUGGUGACCCUAUUUUGGGCAUGUUCUCAGAGCUGAAGUUCCCUGUACCCUGGGGCCACGUGGCAGCCAAGGCCUGGGGUCCCUUGGAGGGACAUCCUGUGCUGUGUUUGCAUGGCUGGCUAGACAAUGCCAACACCUUUGACAAGCUCAUUCCAUUGCUCCCCAGAGGCUGCUAUUAUGUGGCAAUGGAUUUUUCUGGCCAUGGUUUUUCAUCCCACCGACCUGCCGGCUGCCCCUACCAUUUCCUGGAUUAUGUGAUUGAUGUGCGCCGUGUGGCAGACGCCUUGCAGUGGAGACGGUUCACCCUGAUGGGUCACAGUAUGGGAGGAGCUGUGGCAGGAAUGUUCUGCUUCCUUUAUCCUGAGAUGGUGGACAAGCUGAUCCUGCUGGAAAGUCUUGGCUUUCUGCUAGCUCCAGAGGACACUGAGGCAUGGCUGAAAUCCAAACGGAGGGUGAUUGACAGAUUACUGAGUCUAGAGGCAAAGGAGCAAACUCCCAAAGCACGGAGCCCUGAAGCAGCAUUGCAGAGGCUCUUAGAAGCGAACAGCCAUCUGACAGCAGAGGGUGGAGCAAUCCUGCUGCAGCGAGGAGCAACUGAGACACCCGCUGGGCUGGUAUAUAACAGAGACAUGAGAGCCCGUAUGCAGAGUCGAGAGUCCCUCACAGUGGAUCAGUGCGUGAAGCUCCUGCAGAAGAUCCAGGACCGUGUUCUCAUCAUUGUAUCACAAGAUGGACUUUUGGUACCACACAAGUUACACUGCAGAAAUCACUUUGUGAAAGCCCUGCGGGAGGCAUUUGAGUCCACCCUCAAAGAGCACAUCCAGCUAGUCGAGGUGCCUGGGAGUCAUUUUGUGCACCUGAACGAGCCUGAGGUGGUGUCUGGGAUCAUCAGCAACUUCCUGACAGCGCAGAACACUAGAGCUAGACUCUAAGAAACCCCAGUGGCUGCAGCAGUCCAGGAGAACUGGGAGCUAAAAAGCAGGCUCCAGCAGAAUUGUCACCAUUCCUACCUCACAUCCAACUCCUCACACCAUGAUACUCUUUCCUGCGCUUAGCUCACUGCAGAGUGGAAGCAUGUCUGCCAGGGGUCCUCUGAAGGAGAGCUGAGCAAAAUAUCUCAGUUGUCAAAGGGAAGAGGAAUCCCUACUCUACUUCCAGCUCUGUGAGUACAGGGAUGGUGGCCCAAAGUGGCCUUCCCCUUGGCUUGUUCCAAACUUGCACCCUGAAACAGUGCAGGAAUACAGGCAGAGGCAUCCUCUGUGACAGCAGCAGCGCCAGCUUUGACACUGCAAGAGAGGUGACUCAUCUUGCCUCCUCCCUGAGAAUGGUGUGGCCAGGCUGCUCCCAGGACUAAACCUGAUGAAAAACAAGUGAAGUUUUCUGCUUCUCUACUUACUUCCAUCGGGGCCUGAGCUCAGAGGGCCUCAGUGUCUUUGUUCUACUGUGAGAGCUGGUGUUUUUUUAGAAGUCAGCUUAAAUAAGAGCUCACCUGGGCACAGAAGCCCAUUUUAAUGAAUGUCACUAAUCCUCUAGCUGAAGCAGCUAGAGCUACUAAUUAUGGAAAAGUUGGCAGAGAUGAUUUCUGUCCUAAAUAAAGAUUAAUCUCCUAAUGUUAA